AUGGUCUCCAACCCCUCUCCCUGUCCCGAUGGCAUUUUCUCCUACCCGAAGUCUGAACCCAUUUUCAGAUUUGGGCUAAAUGCUUUUUGUAAGGUUGGGAUACUGGACGAUGCUGAGAUUGCUUUUGCAAAUAUGGGGAGAAUGAUUGAUGGGAAACCUAGUGUAGCAAUAUAUAAUAUUUUGAUUAAUGGGUAUGCCAGACGUAGAGAGCAUGAGAAAGCGAUGGCUGUUUAUGAGAAGACGAUUAAGGAUAGGGUCAAGCCUGAUGUGUUUAUAUUCAAUACCUUGAUCAGAAGUUGUCGGAAUUCGCUGUUCGGGCUGGCUUUGGAAAUGUUCAAAGAGAUGAAGGAUAAGGGACGUAGUCCUAAUGUUUCUAGUUUUCAUACUUUGAUUAAGGGGUCUUUCAGGGAAAGGAAGUUUGAGGAGGGGACUGGGAUGGCAUAUGAGAUGCUUGAGUUGGGAUGCCAGCUUUCGAAUGUGACUUAUGAGAUUCUAGUGGAUGGGCUUUGCAGAGGGUAG